GGAGACACCAAAUUCGUCAUCUUGAAGCGCUACCAGAACCUCAAGGCCAUCGGCAGCGGCGCGCAGGGCAUCGUCUGCGCGGCGUUCGACGCGAAGCUCGGGGCGAAUGUGGCCAUCAAGAAGCUGUCGCGCCCUUUCCAGAACGUGACGCACGCCAAGCGCGCGUAUCGCGAGUUCAAACUCAUGCAAACCGUGGACCACAAGAACAUCAUCGGACUGUUGAACGCCUUCACGCCGCAGAAGUCGCUCGAGGACUUCCAGGACGUCUACCUGGUGAUGGAGCUGAUGGACGCGAACCUGUGUCAGGUGAUCCAGAUGGACCUCGAUCACGAGCGCAUGUCCUAUUUGCUCUACCAGAUGCUGUGCGGCAUCAAGCACCUGCACGCGGCCGCCGUCAUCCACCGGGUGAGUGGUUGUCAUGACAACACCGCCGCUAACACUGUCUCUCUGCAGGACCUGAAGCCGUCGAACAUUGUGGUGAAGAGCGACUGCACGCUCAAGAUCCUGGACUUUGGUUUGGCGCGCACGGCCGGCACCACCUUCAUGAUGACGCCGUACGUGGUCACGCGUUACUACCGCGCGCCGGAAGUCAUACUGGGCAUGGGCUACCACGAGAACGUGGACAUCUGGUCCGUGGGCUGCAUCAUGGGCGAGAUGAUCCGAGGCGCGGUGCUGUUCCCGGGCACGGACCACAUCGACCAGUGGAACAAGAUCAUCGAGCAGUUGGGAACGCCCUCUACCGACUUCAUGCGGCGGCUGCAGCCCACGGUCAGGAAUUACGUGGAAGUUUGA